UUUUUGAAAGAUUUGUAAUGGAGUCUUCUUCACUAGUACAUUACGUUGUUAUCGGAGAGAAAGGCAGUAAGAACAUAGUAUACGACUAUCUGUCUCCUGCCCGGAACAAGAAAGACUAUUCUGCCUAUGUCAACCAUGCAAUGAGCAUUCUGAGGCAGUCGCAUGAGUCAUUGAGUGAAAACCAAAAGAGUUCUAACAGUUUUGGGAGUUGGUAUUCUCUUCCGCUAGACAAUCUAACUAUAAUUAUCCUGACUGAUACACUAAUGGCGGAUGAGAAUGCGAUGCAGAUGAUGAAGUCAAUGUCGGGAAAAAUCUUCUCGACUUUCCCUGAUCUUCCUCUCAAUCCAAGUACCCAGAUCAAUAGAUCUGAAAUGGAAAAUAUUGUCAGAUCUCUGAGCCAGACUUACGGAAAAACUGAUGACAAAAUUUACAGAGCGAAGCAAACAAUCAGCACUACUACAAAUGUCAUGCGUAACAACAUCGGAAGCAUGAUGGAGAACUCCAGUAAGCUUGAAGACAUGGAAAGCCAGAGUAGUGAUAUGAGGAAUGCUGCCCACAUGUUCUCUAAAAGUGGUAGGCUUCUUGAAGAGAAGAUGAAGAGAAGAAAUCGUCUCCUUAUGCUAGCAGUAGGAGUGAUUGCUCUGUUCUUUAUCAUCCUCCUGAUAUUCUAUUUUUUCUAA